AUGCCACCUAAAGGAUGGAAAAAGAAUGCUGAUCCAAGUCAACAACCCUCAAGAGACCUCGACCCGGUAUCGAUUGAUGAUAUUUUAUUCCCAAGAUCAACAAUACAAAAACUAGCUAAAUCAAUAAUUUCAGAUGAAGAAAAUUCAUAUAAUAUGACAAUAGCUAAAGACUCAUUACUAGCUUUACAAAGAUCAGCAACUGUUUUUGCUAGCUACAUGUUAUAUCAUGCCAAACAAAUUUCAAAAGCAUCAGGAAGAAAAACGAUUAAUGCUCAGGAUAUGUUACUAGCUUUAGAAAGAGCUGAAUUUGGAGGAUUUGUACCGGAAAUCAAAGAUAAAUUAGCGUCUUAUGAAGUUUUAAUGAGUGCAAAGAAGCAAAAGAAAUUAGAAGAAAAAUCAGAAAAUAUAGGAAAUAUACCGAAAAAAUCGAAAACUAUAGAUGGAACUGCGGUUAGUAAACUUGAUGAUGAGACUGAUGAAGAAGAAAUUGGAGAUGGAGACGACGAUCUGGUAGAAGAUGUCAAUGAGGACAAUGAUGACAAGGCGGAUGAAGAAAUAGACGAGUACGAGGAAGAAGAAGAUGAUGAUGAAGAAACAGUUUCUGCAAAUCCAAUCUCCGAACUAAGUAAAGAUGAAGAGGAAUUGGAAGGUCGACAGAUGGAAGAAGAUACAGAAAACUUAGAUGAAGAAGAGGAAGAAGAAGAUGAAGAGUAG